AUGGGUGUCACUGGCCUGUGGACGGUGGUACAACCCUGCGCCCGCCCCAUAAAACUUGAGACCCUCAACAAGAAAAGAUUGGCGGUCGAUGCAUCUAUCUGGAUUUAUCAGUUCUUGAAAGCAGUACGAGACAAGGAGGGAAACGCGCUGCGGAACUCCCAUGUGGUUGGAUUUUUUCGUCGAAUAUGCAAACUGCUGUACUUUGGAAUCAAGCCAAUUUUUGUAUUUGACGGAGGCGCUCCGGUUCUAAAGCGACAGACCAUUGCCAGUCGGAAAAAAGACCUCCAACGAAGUGCAGAGGAAGAGGCGGAGGCGCGGCGUGGGCGAAAAAAUCGUACUCAACAAAAUAAAGAGGAGAUCAGCAGUGGUCCAGUCUAUGCGGAUGAAAAUUUGAUGACUGAACAGGAAAAACAACGGUCGCGCAAGUUCAAGAAGAAGGAUGCUUACCAUCUGCCAAAUCUUGAUAUCUCCUUGGAAGAGAUGGGGGCUCCGAAUGAUCCACGUAUCAUGUCACAAGCAGAGCUGGAGGAAUAUGCUCGACACUUUCACCAGGGCCAAGAUAUCAACCUGUACGAUUUCUCCAAGAUCGACUUUGAUGGCCCUUUCUUCCUCAGUCUCCCACCUACCGACCGCUACAAUAUCUUGAAUGCUGCGAGGCUAAGAAGUCGCCUUCGAAUGGGUUAUUCCAAGGAACAGCUAGAUACCAUGUUCCCCGACCGCAUGGCAUUCUCGAAAUUUCAGAUCGAGCGCGUUACGGAACGAAACGACUUGACUCAACGACUAAUGAAUCUUAACGGUAUGAAUGGAGAAGAUGCCUUUUACAAGUCUGGGCAGCGCAUUGCUGGUGAGCGCGGGCGAGAAUAUGUUCUCGUUAAAGACAACCAACACGAAGGUGGUUGGGUCUUGGGUGUCGUAGGGAACAAAAAUCAAGGCCACGAAGAUAAGCCUAUCGAUGUAGAUCGAUACGAUCUACCAGAUGCAAUGUCACCGUCAGAAGACAUAUCUGAUGACGAGUUUGAAGAUGUCCCGAUAGAAGGACUCAAUAGAUUGCCCAAGCUUCCUUCUUCCCUGGAACAGACCAUAUUUGACCAGUCUCUUCAUCAACAAGAAAACGUCGAUUUGCAGAUGGCUAUACAGAACUCUCACCUAGAUGAUGCCGAGGAUGAUCAACUUUUCGUCCAAGGCAAUGAGGACUUAUUUGAAGACAUGGAUGAGGACGAGCUCCAACAAGCCAUCGCCCUCUCACUACAACCACAAGAAGAUCAUGACGAGAACAUGCCAGAAAUAUCAAUGAAUCGUCCCGAAUCUUACAAUCCAAUCGAAAUUGAAGUCGACCCAGUGCCUAGUGAAAGCGACGAUGACGGAAUGGACUUUGCAGCUGCGGUAGCCCAAACUAAAGUUGCCCCAAAAACCCACAUACACAACCCAUUUGAUGGACCUCUUCCUUUUGAAUCUAUUAAACUUACGAAGAGUACAAAAGAAGCUGAUACAUCUGUGGGUUUGGAUGAAGAUGAAGAUGCAGGUGGUUUCUUAAAGAAAUCCGUCCAAUCAAAAAAGGCGGAUCCCAUUCCUCCCUGGUUUGUUGGAGAGAGAGUCAAUCAAGAAUUCAUAACAGAUUCAAUGCCUGUGGAUUCUGCGGAGAACGAUGACGAUGGUCUUUUCAUCUUCGACCGCCGCUCACCUGAUAUCAUCGAUGUCGAUACAAUUUCAGACACGAAGGAGAUAAUUGACUUGAACGAGCCAGUUGAGAAAACCAAAGCAAGCCCUGGAAUAGAAAUUGAUUUAAAACUGAAUGACCAAAAGAUAGAAAAUAUCUUCUCAGCUCCGGUAUCACCCAACGGGAUGGAAAACUCACAGGACAUUCUUAACUCCCCUGAUGAACCCCAGGCAAAACCUCUUUCUGAUAAUGGAGAGGAACUCGAUACCAAUGGGAAACCUGCUUUCAUUGAGCCCUCCCCAGAGCCGGAAUUUGAAGAUGUUCUGUCUCUAGAUCAUGUCCCCCAUAUAGCUGUGACAACGGAACAGCCGUCACUGGAAGAACAGCCGUCACUGGAAGAACAGCCGUCACUGGAAGAACAGCCGUCACUGGAAGAACAGCCGUCACUGGAAGAACAGCCGUCACUGGAAGAACAGCCGUCACUGGAAGAACAGCCGUCACUGGAAGAACAGCCGUCACUGGAAGAACAGCCCAUUGCAUAUGGAGAUAUUGAUGAUGGGGGCGAAUUCAGUGACCCAGAAGAUGAGGAACUUAUGAGGCAACUUGCUGAAGAAGGGGAAGAGCAUGUUCGAUUUGCCCAGACCCUUAACUCCGCAGCGGCUACCCAAGAAGCAUUUGAUUAUGAGCAAGAACUUAAACAACUUCGGACUCAACAAAAGAAAGAUCGGCGUGAUGCAGACGAGGUGACUCAAAUCAUGAUUACGGAAUGUCAGCAAUUACUUACACUCUUUGGAUUGCCCUACAUCACCGCACCCAUGGAAGCCGAAGCACAAUGCGCUGAACUUGUCUCUUUGGGCUUGGUGGAUGGUAUUGUCACCGAUGACAGCGAUACAUUUCUCUUUGGCGGUACCCGCGUCUACAAAAACAUGUUCAAUCAGAGCAAAUAUGUGGAAUGCUACUUGACUUCUGAUUUCGAAAAGGAGUUCGCCCUACAUCGGAACAAACUUAUCCGUUUCGCCCAUCUCCUUGGGAGUGAUUACACUGAAGGCAUCCCUGGCGUCGGUCCCGUCACAGCUCUAGAGAUAGUGACCGAGUUUUCGAGCUUAGAAGAGUUUCGCGAUUGGUUGCCACAAGUACAGAUGGGCUCGAACAACCCAGACGACGCCCACGCUACCUUUCGGAAGAAAUUCCGAAAAAAGGCCUCGAAGAUCCUCUUGCCUGUUUCAUUUCCAGACUCUCGCGUUGAUACUGCUUACCUCGAGCCGGAAGUUGAUUCAGAUCCUUCACAAUUCCAAUGGGGUGUGGUGGACUUGAACGGCCUCAGGGGUUUUUUAAUGUCCACAAUCGGCUGGAGUCAAGAGCGCACUGACGAAGUCUUGGUACCCGUCAUCCGCGAUAUGAAUCGUCGAGAGAAGGAAGGUACACAGUCUAAUAUCACACAGUUCAUCCAAGGGCCCACCGGUGCAGGCGCUUUUGCACCGCGUGUUCAUCGAAAAGGCCCCAGUCGCCUAGAGAAAGCUUUUAGCCGACUCCGACAAGAAGCUCAGGGCUCGAACUCUUUGCCCAAUGAUGAUGCCGUGGAUUAUUCUUCCAAGUCCACCAAACGGUCAGCAUCAAAUAAAGAGAGUAAAGAGAGUCAAGAGAGUACUACGAAGAAACGAAAAACUCGCACACGCGCCAACUCGUAA